AAGCACUGUACUACACCGACGACACAGCCAUGGCCAGGGCCCUUGUGCAGUCCCUGCUGGCCAAGGAGGCCUUUGACGAGGUGGACAUGGCUCACAGGUUUGCACAGGAGUACAAGAAAGACCCUGACAGAGGUUACGGGGCCGGAGUAAUCACCGUUUUCAAGAAGCUCCUGAGCCCCAAGUGCCACGACGUCUAUGAGCCUGCCCGGGCCCAGUUCAACGGGAAGGGCUCCUAUGGCAAUGGGGGUGCCAUGCGGGUAGCCGGCAUCCCCCUGGCCUAUAGCAGUGUCCAGGAUGUGCAGAAGUUUGCCCGGCUCUCAGCCCAGCUGACCCACGCCUCCUCUCUGGGUUACAACGGUGCCAUCCUGCAGGCCCUGGCUGUGCACCUGGCUCUGCAGGGUGAGUCCUCCAGUGAGCACUUCCUGGAGCAGCUCCUGGGCCACAUGGAGGAGUUAGAGGGGGAUGCCCAGGCCGUCCUGGAUGCCAGAGAGUUGGGUAUGGAAGAGCGUCCAUACUCCAGCCGCCUGAAGAAGGUUGGAGAGCUUCUAGACCAGGACUCGGUGUCUCGAGAGGAAGUGGUGUCUGAGCUAGGGAAUGGCAUUGCUGCCUUUGAAUCAGUGCCCACUGCCAUCUACUGCUUCCUGCGCUGCAUGGAGCCUGACCCGGAGAUCCCCUCUGCCUUCAACAGCCUCCAAAGGACUCUCAUCUACUCAAUCUCACUUGGCGGGGACACAGACACCAUUGCCACCAUGGCUGGGGCCAUUGCUGGUGCUUACUAUGGGAUGGAUCAGGUGCCAGAGAGCUGGCAGCAAAGCUGUGAGGGCUAUGAGGAGACAGAUGUCCUGGCCCAGAACCUGCACCGAGUCUUUCAGAAGAGUCUGUGAGGGCCACAGCUGCUGGAGCUCUGCCAUGUCCAACAGGACUAACCGCAGCUCAGAGGUCUCCUGGGCUGGCUUCCCUGCCUCAGUCUUACUGCAGCGCAGGGGCUGGGCUGUGCAGCCUUGCUGCUGGGGCUCCGGCCUGCUGCAGAACUGCAUGACACCCUUGGGGUGCUUGGUGAAACCUGAGGGUCCAGGACAGAUUCUAUUUUAGUGGGGUACUUACGGCAUUUUCAUUUUUUAUCUAGGAUAUGGGAUUUUGGGAGGUGGAAAUGACCUGCAGUAACAUCAUGUAUCUCUGCUGGGUCUCAGCCAGUUUGCCUGAUGGCCUGUCCUUGACUGGGCAGGCAGUUCUGUGGACCAAGGGACAGGUACCUUCCUACAGCUGCUCUAGGUCCACAGCUGGUCCUCGGCUAUCAUGGGGCUUGUUAACAGCUUCCCGUGGAAGUCACAGCAAUAAACAAUCUUUGGUAAAUCCA